UUAUGUGCCAGAGAUGAAUGCGGACCAGGUGUACAAAUUUAACCAGACAUUGGGCAAAUUUAACCAGACAUUGGGUUAACCCAACCAUAUGAGAUGGUUAAAUCCUAACCCAACUUCGAAGAUCACACUAUCACUACCCUUUUGUCAAAGCCGCACAAAAUCUCUCUAUCGUACACGUUAGAUUAUCCACUGCUAAAUAUCAUCACUCUCUCUCUCUCUCUCUGACUGAAAGCCACCAAAAAUCUGCAGAGCUGAGCUGCGCUGAGAGGACGCGUCGCUGGCCUCUAACACAUCUUCUCCACCGCAUUCAACCACCAUAACGGUUUUUUCCCUAUAUCCGUUUUGCUCUUCCUAUACACCCAAUGCCAUUCACCUUAUAGAUCUGAAAAUAGUAAAAGAUGAUCACCUGGGGCGACCUCUACACCGUCCUAACGGCGGUGAUCCCUCUGUACGUGGCUAUGAUUUUGGCCUACGGGUCCGUCCGCUGGUGGAAGAUCUUCUCCCCGGACCAGUGCUCCGGCAUCAACCGCUUCGUCGCCAUCUUCGCCGUUCCUCUCCUCUCUUUCCACUUCAUCUCCGAAAACGACCCUUACUCCAUGAACUUUCGCUUCAUCGCCGCCGACACCCUCCAGAAGAUUAUUAUGCUCGUCGUCCUUACCAUCUGGACCAACUUCACCAAGAACGGCAGCCUUGAGUGGAUGAUAACCAUUUUCUCGCUUUCGACGCUACCGAAUACUCUGGUCAUGGGCAUCCCUCUGCUCAAAGCCAUGUACGGAGAUUACUCGGGGAGCCUCAUGGUUCAGGUCGUGGUGUUACAGUGCAUCAUCUGGUACACUCUCUUGCUUUUCCUCUUUGAAUACCGCGGCGCCAAGAUGCUGAUCAUGGAACAGUUCCCAGAGACGGCAGCGUCCAUCGUUUCGUUCAAGGUCGACUCCGACGUGGUAUCGUUGGACGGUAGGGACUUUCUCGAAACCGACGCAGAAAUCGGCGACGACGGGAAGCUUCAUAUCAAGGUGAGGAAGUCUAACGCGUCGAGACGGUCCCUCGGUGGUUCGGCAUUUACACCUCGGCCAUCGAAUCUCACUGGGGCGGAGAUAUACAGCUUGAGCUCUUCGAGGAACCCAACGCCGAGGGGUUCGAAUUUCAACAACUCCGACUUGUACUCCAUGAUGGGAUACCAGGGCUUCCCGGCCGCAAAGCAUUCGAAUUCGGACUUGUAUUCCGUACAGUCCUCCAGGGGCCCAACUCCCAGACCGUCGAGUUUCGAAGAGAAUUGUGGGCCAAUCGCUCAGACCGCUUCAUCUCCGAGGUUCGGGUUUUACCCGUCGCAGACUGUACCAGCAGCGUCGUACCCAGCGCCUAACCCAGAGUUUUCUUCCACCAUUACUAAGAGCUCGAAAAAUCAGCCGCAACUGCAACCGCAGUCGCAGCAACAGCAACAGCAGCAAGCUCCUAACAGCAAGGCUAACCAUGACGCCAAAGAGCUACACAUGUUUGUGUGGAGCUCAAGCGAAUCACCUGUCUCCGAAGGGGAUGGCCUCCAAGUCCUCGGUGCGUCAGAGCAAUCCGGACGGUUCGAUCAGGGCGCCAAGGAAAUCCGGAUGUUGGUUGCCGAUCAGCCGCCAAAUGGGGAAAACAAAGGAUUUGAUGAAGCAACUACGGAGAGGGAGGGCUUUGGUGCUGGGGAAGACUUGAACUUUGCUGGGAGACAUGAAGUUGAAGGAGAUGUUCAUCAGACUGAGAGAGAGAAAGAUGGUACAGGCCCCAUUGAACUCAACAAGCUGGGGUCAAGCUCCACGGCUGAGCUCCACCCAAAAUACGUCACCGGAGCUCCUGAGUCAGGUGUAGGAAAACAAAUGCCUCCGGCUAGCGUGAUGACCCGUCUGAUCCUUAUCAUGGUGUGGCGAAAGCUUAUCCGCAACCCCAACACAUAUUCCAGCCUCAUUGGUCUCGUUUGGUCCCUCGUGGUUUUUCGGUGGCACGUGGCUAUGCCGAAAAUAAUAGAGGAGUCAAUCUCAAUACUGUCCAAUGCCGGGCUUGGAAUGGCUAUGUUCAGCUUAGGUCUGUUUAUGGCACUUCAGCCCAAUAUAAUCGCUUGUGGCAACUCCGUUGCUGCUUUUGCUAUGGCCGUCAGGUUCCUCACCGGCCCUGCCGUCAUGGCCGCCGCCUCCAUUGCCAUUGGCCUGCGUGGUACCCUUCUUCACAUAGCAAUCGUUCAGGCUGCACUUCCACAAGGAAUUGUUCCCUUUGUGUUUGCUAAAGAAUACAAUGUUCAUCCAGCUAUUCUUAGCACUGGGGUUAUCUUUGGCAUGUUGAUAGCAUUACCGAUUACCCUUGUCUACUACAUUGUUCUCCGCUUGUGAGUUUUACAAUGGUAGCCAAAAAAUACAAACAGGCCCCGGAUAUAUAUAAUUGAGAGAGCUAGCAUUGACUGCAUGCACCGGAAUAUGUUGUACGUUGUUGUUAUUGUUGCUGUUUACAUGAAGAAUUCCCGGCCGAAAUCAAUCAGAAUUGGAAUUAUGUUUGACUUGGUGAUCAAAGCCCGCGGGAUACGAGGAUCGCCAUGCACCCACGUUAACGUACAGCCAAAGUUGAUAUAUAUUUUCAUAUAUAGAGUUUUGAGAAGAUCGACAAGGAAUGCCGUGUAGCUUAAGGGGAUGGAACAAAAGAUAGGAAAAUAAGGAAACAAGGGUUGUAAAGCCAAAAAAGGGUGUAUAUAUGGUCAAUGCAUGAUGAUCGAUGUCUUGUGAUAAAAUUCUCUAUAUAUGUUCCGUCGUGCACGUAAAGUUUGAAUGUCACAA